AAGCUGAUGUACCUAAAUAUAUACUCGAAGUAUAAUUUUGCUACUCUUUUUUUACCUUGACUAUAAACAAUGAAGAAGGACGCAGUUGAAUUUCGAAGGAAUCGCUCGACAGGGAAUAAAAAAAAAACGUCUACUACGUAAUAUUAUUGUGCCCACCAUCUGCUACAUACAAUGGCGUGAUGUGGAAGCUUUCGCGCCUCUACGUCUAGUAUUUUCUUACAGACUGUUUUUGAGGGUAAGAGAUGGAAGAAAGGAAGCUGCUUGCCAUCAUCCUACUCAGCGCUCAUUUAACCACGUUGGAAUGCGACUUGAAAUUUCUAUCAAGGAAAUACAACAUCCGAAAGUUUUUAAAUACUCAUCAUCCCAUAUGGACGUACAUGACUAGGCAAGGUGGAAAUACUUUGUGUACAGUGGACGUCAUAACAUCCAUGAGCCCAGAUUCCAUGUUCUACCAUCAUCUGUACUACGAAAAGGGUGUAAAACGGAACGUUACAUUCAUGGGCAUAUUUGACAAACAAAACAAGAAUCGCAUAUCUGUUUCUCGCAAAGGUGGUCCAUACAACAUGACAGAAGAAAUCGUAUUUUACAAUAAGGCACACCACUGUGCUGUGAUUAUGAUCUCGAUGCGUAUUACCGGUGGGCUACGCAUGUAUGACUUGCGAGUUUGGAACUCAACCACGGUAGUCGGCAAUGCUCGCCCCUGUCUUCGAAAGUUCACAGAGCUGGAACCCAAAAGACAUUGUAUUUACGAAAACUUCUGCAAGGGCCUAUUUCAUACGAGUUCAAGAUCACCGCAGCUGAUUCAGCAAAGCGCACAAAGCCCACGGCAAAGGUUAUAGAAAAUGGGACGCGAAAUAUAAGUUCGCUCAACAAACCACGCUGCGGGGCUAGUUGGUGAUGAAUUAUUUUUCUUUCUUACGAAACUAAUCCAGCACUACUUUUUAAGACGAGACAAACUUUAAGUGUAAUUAUUUAGGUGCAUAACAUUUAAGUAUGGAUAUGUUAUACAGUACUUUUUCAUCUGUAAUCUACGAGUUGCAAGUGAAAUAACGUCUUAAAAACAAAUAAAAGAUUGAUACCAAGA